GCUAUCGACGUAUUUGCACCCAGAAAUCCUCUUCUCCGGGGAGUUUGACAAACCGAUCGCGAGGAGGAGGAAUAAUACACCAUGGCCGCCGCCUUCGUGCUCCUUUCCAUGGCUAUCGCUGCCGUUUGCUUCCUUCCGCCUCCCGUUGCCGCCCACCUGUGCGAGUCCAACGAUGUGGGAUCCAACCGGGUGUUCGCGAACUGCAGCGAUCUCCCCCACCUGUCCGCCUCCCUCCACUGGACCUACAACAGCUCCGCAGGGGCGCUCUCGAUCGGCUUCGCGGCGCAGCCGGCGAAGCAGGGGGGUUGGGUGGCGUGGGCAAUCAAUCCCACGGGGACGGGCAUGUUGGGGUCGCAGACGCUGGCGGCGUUCCAGGGGGCGGACGGGAAGAUGGUGGUGAAGACGUACAACAUCUCCACAUUCAAGGCGGUGAAGGAGUCGAAGAUCGCCUUCGAGACGGCGGAUCUGGCGGCGGAAUACGUGAACGGGACGAUGUGGAUCUUCGGGACGGUGAUGGUGGGGAAUGAUGUGAAGACGGUGAAUCAGGUAUGGCAGGUGGGGCCUUCGGUGACGAAGGGCGUGCCGGACAAGCACGACAUCUAUGUGGACAAUUUGCACGCCAAGGGCACCUUGACUUUGGCCCAGGCGGUCAGCCCCGCACCCGCCCCAUCCCAGUCCCCGCCGGAGUCCAGCACCGGGGAGAUGAACGCCAGUAAUCUUCUUUAUUUUUUUAUGUUUUUACUUUUCGUUUUUUAGGGGAUCGAGGAGUUUUUAUUGGGUAAACAAUGGCUAUUGAUUGCUUUGUUGGUGAUUUAGAAGUUUCCUCUUUUGUCUAAUAAUUAAUCAAAUAAUAUAAAGUGAAUUUGGACU